CUGCCGCUGUGCGCUCUUAUUAUUGUAAGAGUAAUUUCUUUUUUACGAAAAUGGCGUCUAGUCAGGGAGGUGUGGGAGCUGUCACGGCUCUACAAAGCCAUCACUACUCUAGCGGACCUCACUGGAGCCCGGGAAUCAGCCAGUACCAGCACCAGCAGCAGCACCACACGGCCCGAAGCCUGGACCGGGCUCUGGAGGAUGCCGUGUGCUCGGGGAUACUGAACCUGAGCGGUAGGAAGCUGAGGGAGUACCCAGGGAUGAGCUACGAUCUGACCGAUACAACACAAGCAGAUUUGUCGAAGAAUCGCCUCACAGAAAUCCCCCCAGAAGUAUGUCUAUUCGCACCCCUUGAGUCGCUCAACCUCUAUCACAACUGCAUCAAGUGCAUCCCUGAAGCCAUUAUCAAUCUGCAGAUGCUGACUUAUCUUGACAUCAGCCGAAAUCUCCUGUCAGUUUUGCCAAAAUACUUGUUCAGCCUCCCCCUCAAAGUCCUGCUUGUGAGCAACAACAAGCUUGUGUCCAUCCCUGAGGAGAUUGGCAAGGCCAAAGAGUUGAUGGAAUUGGACGUGAGCUGUAAUGAGAUCCAGGUGCUGCCAGCUCAGGUGGGGAGGCUUCAAGCCUUACGAGAACUCAACAUCAGGAAGAAUUGUCUUCACAUGCUGCCUGAGGAGUUAGCUGACCUGCCUCUCAUCCGACUUGACUUUUCCUGCAAUAAGAUCACAGAGAUUCCUGCAGCCUACAGGAAACUCAGGCAGCUGCAGCACAUCAUCCUAGACAACAAUCCUAUGCAGUCUCCACCCGCACAGAUUUGUCUCAAGGGCAAAGUUCACAUCUUCAAGUACCUGAACAUCCAGGCGUGUAGGAUGGACAAGAAGCCAGACACCCUGGACCUCCCAUCCCUUGGAAAACGUUGCAUCCCACAGCCGCUUACAGAUAGCAUGGAAGAUUUUUAUCCCAAUAAGAAUCACGGGCCUGACUCUGGAAUUGGUAGUGACAAUGGUGACAAGAGGCUGUCUACAACUGAGCCUUCAGACGAUGACACAGUCAGCCUGCACUCUCAGGUUUCAGAGACAGCCCGUGCUGAUGCUCUCUUGCUCCUCUCCAAAAUGGACUCUUGCAAAGAUCAGGAUCUCUAUGACUUUAUAGAGCCCAACCCGGACGAGGAUCCUGCUCUGUCAGAGUGUGAUGGGCAGCAGAGCUGUCAUGUGUCUUGCAUAAAGGAACUGGAGAAAGUUCUUAACAUGUCUUACCAAAGCAAAGAUAAAGACAGCUGGAAAGAGGAGUCUGGGUCUGAUAAGGAGCAGCUAGUUGAAGAAGAGGAUGAUGAGCUGAAGGAAGUGCUGGAUCUAAGGAAGAUUGCUGUUCAGCUUUUGCAGCAGGAGCAGCAGAAUAGACGGCGGUCCUUAAUUUGCAGAGCAGAGAGUCUUAUUCAUCGACGGAGAGUGACUGGCCGGGCACACAGAUUCCUAAGUCACUCUGGAAGCUCCAGCAGCAAACCGAGGCCCCCUCCACAGACCGCUCGUAGUGCCUCUCUGGAUGAAGGAAGUAGUGGAGCAUCAGUGCUGAGCGGACAGCCUUCCUCUUCCUGCUCAUUUGAUGGCAGCCUGAAGGCAGAUCAGUCAGAUUCAGAGCCAAAGUGGCCUGAAGUCCCACCUGUCCUUAAUCAGAAUGAAGAUCGCAGGAGAAACAAGUACCUGAGAAAAGAUUAUCUGAAGUACAAGUGUCAGAGUGCUCGGAAAAAUCCCAGUGGGAAUGACGACUGUGAGGAGGGCUUGCGCAGCACUGACUUCAGCACCACUCUGACAGUGUUUGGACUAAAGCCAAGAUCAGCGUUCACCAGAGGAAGUCGUCAGGAGUACAUGUCAACAGACCCCAGUUUCACUAUGAGGAGGAAGAUGGAGCACUUGAGAGAGGAAAUGGAACAGAUAGGACUCUUACGGCAGAAUAUUGAGUCCAGACUGAAGGUGUUGUUGCCAGAAGAUGUUGGAGCUGCUCUGAUGGACGGGGUUGUCCUUUGCCAUUUAGCCAAUCACAUUUGUCCUCGCUCUGUUGCCAGCAUCCAUGUACCGUCCCCUGCAGUGCCAAAGCUUAGCAUGGCUAAAUGCCGUAGGAAUGUGGAGAACUUCUUGGAUGCCUGUAAGAAGAUGGGUGUCCCUCAGGACAAGCUGUGUCUGCCCCAUCACAUCCUAGAAGAGCGCGGUCUGGUGAAGGUGGGUGUGACUGUCCAGGCUCUGCUGGAUCUGCCUCCACUGAAGCCAACACAACUGUCAGCUAUUUGACACAAGCCUGAAUGCUGCGUCCAACCUACAGUCAUCCAGCCAAACCCCCUCCCCAGCCCAAACCCACACCCAAUCGCCAGGGACCAGAGAGCCCCUCGGGGCGAGGACCCAGUGGGCAGUGGGUCUUUGGCAGUCUGCUUCUGCCUGACUGAAACAGGAGAUAGGAGGGAGAAGUCUAACCUCUGUCUCUUUAUAUGAUGUCAGCCGCCACCCACUUCUCGUCCAUCACAUUUUCACUUGUAUCCUGAUCCUAGUUACUGGGGUCAUCCUGUAUGUGUGCAGGCUAACAAUGUGACGGUGUGUUUCCCAUGUGAGCUGCACAGUUUGGACUUGCCAAGGAGAGACAGACAAGACAAUGGGUCUAUAGAAAGACUUGUACAUCCCUCUCAACAUGCUUAGUGAUUAUUGGGUAUGCAAGUGCCAGUACUGGCAACAUAUCCAUGCUGGUAUUGGAGACAUUUGCGGUGAGGAGAUGAUAGACAUAUAACUUUACUCUUUCACCGAGGAGAACUAAGCUGCACACUGGCCUCGCAGCCACAAAACACUGACUAACCUCACGGGGUUCUUGAACUCAUGAGUUUCUCUUUUGUGGAAUUUAGUUUUUCCAUGUUUUUUUUUUUUUUUACUUAGGUCCCUAUUGUAGCUUCUUCAACAGUCAAACCUGAUUCAUAAAUAGUGUUCACUUAUUUGAAAGCGUUGCAUUUGAACCAUCACAUCCCCACUGCUUUUUGAGGGAGAAUGCAAGGCUCUGUUUUCAUCUCAAACUCUAGUGUGGUUUAGUGUAAAUCAUGUGCAACUCCGUACAAGUUAUUUCUCAAUACAAACCUUCAUGCACCAGGGGAAACCACUGUGAGAACAUGUGCGUGGCUGUGGCCAUAAGCACGACGGUCCUGUUUAGUAGCAUUUUUUUUCAUUGUACAUUCAAAGGUUUCUGUUUUUGAAAAAUAUGCUUUUAUACUUUCUUUCAAGUCAUUGCCAAUUAUAACUUGCCAUUUUUGUGGAGCUCACAGCAUGUGUUUGCCAUAUUAGACGCAAAGCAGUUAGGAUUUUACUGCUUUGCAUAACCUCAGAUGAAACAUGUUUAUACUUUUAUGUGUUUGUGAGUGGGGGGGUUUUGAGUGAAGCGCCUCUGAAUCAGAAAGGGGUUCAGUGCUGCUUAGUGGUGCUAUGUCACCCUAGCAAACCUUCCACACAUGGCACGAAUAUCUUAUCCUACUGCCAGGCCCUGCUAUAUAUGCUUUCCGAUAAAAUGCAUUAUUUCAGGGAAAUUCAAUUAUUUAUGUAUUUAUUCAUUUGUUUUAUAUUUAAAUGUUGUUGCUUUGUGCAUCUUAGCCCUGACUACUUGUUCAGGUGUGGUACAACUUGAUCCUGGUCUAAAAGCAGCUGUUUUAGACGGAUUAGUAUCAGCAGUCUCACUUGCUUUCAUUUGAAAUUGGUUGACACUGGUGUGACAUUUCACUCACAUACAAAAUAAAUAUUUUCAGACCAUUUGUCACUAGAGAUG